AUGUCAAGGCUGUUUGUUUAUACUCAAGGAACACCAGGGCACCACUUCUAUGCCAGCAGAACAUGCCCAUAUCAUGAUACUCCCACUAGACCCUUGCACAGUAUUGAGAGACUAGAGUGGAAUGGUAUUCCCAAACCGUGGGCUACUUCUCCGAGUUCCGGUCAAGGGUCCACAUUUCCUAGAUGCUGUCACGUCAACGGUUCUUCUGUUGAUACAAAGGACAGUUCCGUCCAAACCAGCCUUGAAGAGGACAGCAGUCAAGUAAGCGAAGUCAUUCCUGAAGCUGAUGAGGGUCCAAUCUCAAAACCUGAAGACAGCCAGUCCCAUGCGAGGGAGUUUGUCUGCGUCCAGAGUGAUUCUCAAAGCAUAUCCGUAGUUGAGAAGGUUUAUGUUCCUCAUUGUGAGAGUAUAGCCACUCAGACGUCGUCGGAGUUCUCUUCGGGCAAAAUAACCGAGCUCGGAAAAGCGAAUAAUGAACUAAUGUUCAGUUUACCGCCGGUGGUAUCACCCGGAGAGGAGGAGCCCGACGACGGAUACUGUGAACACGUGCUCACACAGCCGGCUACCAUAAGCCAGGUGGAUCCCGAUCUUCUGCAUUCGCAGAUAGCCUUACUGCCGGGUUGCCGCGAUGUUAAAGGACGUAGUGUUGUUGUCAUCUCCAGCGAUGCGGUCAAAGAUAGCCUUCAGUUGUCUUCUUGUCACUUGGCUCAGUUGUUGUUGUACUUCCACACCAUUCCCAAGAAAGAAGUCAUUUCCAGAGGUUUCUUGAUGUUGAUCGAUGCGUCCAGACAUUCCGAGGAGUUCUGGAACGCCCUAGAUGAAACCUUCUGCCUGAUAGAAGCCAAUCUAUCCAAUGUGAUAAGUGAAGUUCUAAUUUUGUAUGAAGAAGAUGACAACAAAUUAGAGCGAAGUGCUUUGUUUCCUACAAGCAGAGUUCAGUUCGAGGUUUUGCCCUCGCAAGAUAAACUCCUGAAUUACAUCCAGAAGGAGCAAUUACUGUCUAAGUAUGGUGGGGUGUACGUGUACGACCAUCAGGAGUGGAUCAGUUUCAGAAAGUUCUUAGAACCGUUCAUCAAUGGCUGUCGUUUAUCUGGUCGUCAUUUGGUUUCGCUCCUAGAAGAGCUAAGAGGAAGUCGUCUGCCAGUGUCGUCCAGCCUCACUCAUCAAAUGAUCGAGCAGCAGAAAAGAAAUGUCAGUCACACUUUCCGCGACGAGCAGCUACGACACCUGGAGGAGGAAGGCGAUACCAUCCUUAAAGAGCUUCAAUCCUACAGAACGCGGUCUCCUCACAAUUACGAUUAUAGGGAAAAUUUGGAAAGAACGAGUAACCUGUAUGACGAACUUCGAACAGCAAUAUCUAAGUUGGCGCGCCUAGCUGACAAGAGACUGAGUCGUUUGGAGGAGUGCCUACAGCUUAAGACCUUUCAGGAAGAAUCUAGUCAAGUGCUUUCGUGGCUGUGUAGAAAAGGGAAUGAGUCUUUGGAAAAGCACCAAGCUAUCGCAGAUUCCUUGGGAGCUAUCAAGCAGCAAGAAGAAGAAUUCGAAAAGUUCUAUUUCUUGGCCAUGGUAUUCUUUCAGCAGAUUCUGAACAAAUCGGACUUUAUCAGCUGUGUUCCACAGAAUGAUGUCAAACUUUGCAGUUUGGACUUGCUGGCCUUUUCUAAUUAAAGUAACAGCGAGGCCUUUUUGAUUUCUUAUCUCAAUUAUUUUUAGAAGUUUGUAAAAUUUUUUUGCCAUUGUAGAUAGAUAUGUAUUUGUCACGCACAAAAUUAUUGUGGAAGAGAUAAAAGCUACAUG